AUGGGGAUCGUGCAAUUUCCGCAGGAGUGCAUGAAAGUCUCCCCAAAUGCGGAUCAAUCCAAGUAUUGCAGAUUCCAUAGGCAGGUGGGCCAUGAUACCGAUGAAUGCAACGUGUUAAAACGCCAGAUUGAGGAGCUCAUCCAGAGGGGAUACUUCAGACAGUUCGUCAAACGGUCAGGCCAGCAAAAGCCGGGCCAAAAGUCGAGCCAACAACAACCUCCGCGUAGUUUACCAAAAAAUGUUUGGAAGAAGGAUGACAGCUCCGAACCGUCAUCCUCGAGUGGUAAGAAAAGGGAACACGACCAAGUUACAGUAACUGAUCUCUCUGACAAAGACACAGAAGAGCCCAGGAAACACAAGAAGCAGACCAUACACUUCAUCUACGGAGGUCCUGCAGGCGGAGACACACAGGCAGAGAGGAAGAAGUGGAGUCGCCAGUUAUAUGUAGGUGAGGUGGUCAGCCUUCCAAAGGGAAAAAAGCAGAGGAGGGAAGCCAUUACCUUCUCUGACGAUGACCUCCCAGAAGGUCCACUGCCUCACCGAGAUGCGUUGGUGAUCAAAAUGGAGAUUAACGACAGCAUCGUGCAUCGCAUACAUGUAGACACCAGAAGCUCAGUCAACGUGAUGUACUACGACGCUUUCACCAAACUGGGACUCCCUAGAAAUCAACUCAAAGAGGUACGGACUCCACUUUCUGGUUUUACGGGAGAUUCAAUAGAGACGGAGGGAUCCGUGGUACUACCGGUAGAGAUAGGCGUGAGCCCCAACACCUCCAAGAUAAACAUGGAGUUCAUUGUUGUGAAACUCACAUGUGCCCAUAACAUCAUACUGGGGAGGCCAGCUUUGGAAGACCUGAAGGCCAUAAUUUCGAUGGAGCACCUAUGCAUGAAAUUUCCCACGCCAUACGGGAUAGGAGUUGCGAGAGGAGAUCAAAGAGCAGCUCGUAGCUGUUACGUCAAAGCGUGCAAGAAAAUUGGACAGAGAGAUCUGCGGGUCCACACCAUCGCAGAAAAAGUGCUGAGAGAAGAGGAGGGCUGGCCCCGCGCCAAGCCUGCAUCUGAAACGGAAGACGUGGUGGUCGAUCCCGCAAAGCCUGCAUCUGAAACGGAAGACGUGGUGGUCGAUCCCGCACGAGCAGAUAGGGUCGUAAAGAUUGGCACUGGAUUGGCACCAGAACUAAGAGCCCACGUAAAGAUUGGCACUGGAUUGGCACCAGAACUAAGAGCCCAGAUAAAGAUUGGCACUGGAUUGGCACCAGAACUAAGAGCCCAGAUAGUCGAAGUCAUUGGAUUGGCACCAGAACUAAGAGCCCAGAUAGUCGAAGUCAUUCGACAGUUUAAAGAAGUUUUUGCGUGGGGUCCAGAAGACAUGCCAGGUAUCAAUCGAAACGUUAUAACCCAUAAGUUAGCCGUGGACCCUACCAAGAAAUCAAUACAACAGAGAAAGCGAUACAUGUCGGCUGAACGAAGGGACUUUGUGAAAAACGAGGUGGUCGCGUUGACACAAGCAGGACAUGUCAAGGAGAUCUAUUAUCCCGAGUGGUUGAGCAACGUAGUCCUGGCCCCAAAAGGUUCCACGUGGAGAAUGUGCAUGGAUUAUACAGAUCUCAAUAGAGCCUGCCCUAUGGAUCGAUUCCCCUUGCCAAACAUUGAUCAGCUGGUGGAUGAGACGGCAGGAUGCGAAUUGAUGAGUUUCAUGGAUGCCUUCCGUGGGUACCAUCAGAUAUUCAUGCAUGAGGAGGAUGCUGAGAAGACCGCGUUCACCACCCCAGAAGGUAUUUUUUGCUACUUGGUCAUGCCGUUCGGCCUCAAGAACGCAGGCGCAACUUACACCCGGAUGGUGGCCAAGUUGUUUGGGAAAGUACUGGGACGAAACAUGGAGGCAUACGUAGACGACAUGAUUGUCAAGAGCCGCAGAGGUGCCUCUCAUGUCAAAGACCUUAACGAGGUAUUUUCUAUUAUGAGAAAUUUCAAUUUACGCCUGAACCCUAAGAAAUGCACGUUCGCAGUCAAUGGGGGCAAGUUUCUGGGAUUUAUGGUUACUAGAAAUGGGAUAGAACCAAACCCAGAAAAGGUAAAAACCAUUCUGGACAUGGAACCCCCGCGGUCCAUCAAAGAAGUCCAAAGNCCGCCACUGCUUGCAAAACCAGAGGCGGGUGAAACCUUACUCUUAUACCUGGGUAUAUCACAGGGUGCGAUCAGCUCCGUGUUGGUCAAAGAGCAAGGAGGGACUCAGCGUCCCAUUUACUAUGUGAGCAAGGCUUUACAUGACGCAGAACUACGGUACACUGCCGUGGAGAAAACAAUGUUUGCUGCGGUCACCGCCUCUAAAAGGUUGGCCCAUUACUUCCAAGCUCAUCCCAUCCAUGUACUCUCACAUCAACCAUUAGGGAGUUUCUUACGAAACACUAACUCUGCUAGGAUGGCCAGAUGGGCCAUGCACCUCAGCCAGUUCGACAUUGAAUUCAAACCAAGGCCCGCCAUCAAAGGUCAAGCCCUCGCAGACUUCAUAGUGGAAUGCACAGCCCGCGAGGUGACGGAGCAGGUGGAAAAUGAAGAUGGGGGAUGGUGGACCUUGUCUACGGAUGGCUCAUCCAACAGUAAAGGUUGCGGUGGUGGAGUAGUGCUCAUCACUCCGGAAGGAUUCCGCGCUUACUAUGCAAUCAGGUUCCACUUCAAGUUAUCUAACAAUGAGGCAGAGUAUGAGGCCCUCCUCAACGGACUGCGGUUAGCAGCAGGACUGCGAGCGGAAAAAGUUCGCAUCCGGUGUGAUUCCAAGUUAGUGGUCGGCCAGGUGAUAGGGGAGUACGAAGCCAAUGAAGGGAACAUGCAAAGGUACAGGGACGCAGUGUUGCGAAUCUUGCGAGAAUUCGAGGGGUAUGAAAUCCACCAAGUACCUCGAGAACAGAAUGCUGACGCUGACAUGCUCUCCAAGCUGAGCACUGGGAUCCCUGGCCACAUUCGUAAGAUUGCUCAGGUUGAGGAUUUGGAGACAUCCAGCAUCGAUAUCUCAUGGGUUUGCCCCGUGCAAUCCAGAGAGCCAUGUUGGAUUGACCACAUCACAAAGUACAAGAAGGAAGACACUUUACUAGUGGACGAACAAGAUGCAAAGCUAACAAAGUUGCGGGCACCCAGCUACGUGAUAUUGGAAGACAAGUUGUAUAAACGAUCCUAUAAUGGCACACUCUUGAAGUGUGUGCACCCUGACGAAGCAGAGCUGAUGAUGAGAGAAGUCCACGAGGGAGUGUGCUCCGCGCAUCAAGGAGCAUAUACCAUAGCUCGACGCAUCAUGCUGCAAGGUUUCUUCUGGCCAAAGAUGUUAAAGGAUUGCGCAGAAUACGCCAGGCGAUGCCCUAAGUGUCAAGAGUUCCAGACAUUGCCAGGACGACCCGCAACCAACUACACUCCGGUGAGCACAGCAAUUCCAUUCUCGAGAUGGGGAAUUGACUUGGUAGGAGCCCUUCCCACGGGCUCGGGAAGCCGGAAGUACAUUAUCGUAGCCAUUGACUACUUCACCAAAUGGGUGGAAGCUGAACCGCUGGCUAGUAUCACAGCGGCCAGGUGUAAAAAGUUCGUGGAAAAGAACAUACUGUGCCGCUUCGGCAUCCCCAUCCAAGUAAUCACGGACAACGGACGUCAAUUCGAAGGCAGAGAGUUUUCAGACUUUUUGACGGAAUGGGGCAUCAAGCAUAGUCGGGUGGCGGUAUCAUACCCGCAGGCAAAUGGUCAGGUAGAGAAUGCCAAUAGAACCAUCCUUGAUGGUUUGAAGAGAAAAUUGGAAACAGCUGGCGGGGCGUGGGUCGAGGAACUGGACAGCAUCCUUUGGACCUAUCGCACAACCCCAAGGAGGGCUACUGGUGAAACUCCUUUCGCAUUGAGUUACGGGUUCGAAGCUCGAGCCCCAGCAGAGGUGAUGAUACCAAGUAGAAGGAUGGAAGAGCCCUAUUACACUUCAAACUACUAA